AUGGAGGAAAGCCCCAGCUCAGGCCACCCCCAUAACAAGAGCGACCCGGUGGCCCCCAGAACCCUAUCUCCCAACCAAGCCACCCUCUCUCCGUCCCGCGCUGCAGCCUUGCACAGGACGGCGAGCAAUGGGCAGUGCCAAGGGAGGAGAGACAUCUCGCCCCUCCCUCCUGCCCAGAUGGAGACUGUGGCCACCGUCGAGGAUGAACGAGAAUUCCUCAGGGCCUCCCAGAUGAGGGGCAGAUUCCAGAGGAGGAGUUCCAUCCCCGCCGAGGUCCUUGGUCCCAGGGAAGAGGAAGAAGCCACGGUGGUGUGGGCCAUCUACCCCAAGACAGAAGAGCAAAUCAAGAAACUGAAGGAAUCCUGUAAAGACCUGCUCCCCUUCCGAGGUCUGGAAGACGAGCUGCGGUUACAGAUCUUCAGUGCCAUGUUUGAGAAGAAAGUCCUCCCCCAAGAGUCCGUGGUGGAACAGGGAGAAAACGGGGACCACUUCUUCGUCAUCGAACACGGCACAUUUGAUAUCCUCGUGCAAAAAAACAACCAGCAGAAUCGCAUCGGCCAGUAUAAAAACAGCGGUACUUUCGGAGAGCUAGCUUUGAUGUACUCCUAUCCCAGACCUGCUACUAUUGUUGCCGUCACAGAAGGAAACCUCUGGGGCCUGGAUCGAGUGACUUUCCGGACAAUCACUGUGACGUUCCAGUUGGAGAAGAAAAAGAGGCUGCAAAUGUUCAUUGCCUCGGUGCCCUUUUUCAAGUCUCUGGAGGCCACAGAGUCAGUGAAAAUCCUCGAUGUGGUAGAGGAGAAGACUUAUCAGCCUGGGGAAUGCAUUUUCCGAAAGGGUGAAAUCGCAGAUAAGUUUUACAUAGUCGAAUCAGGUGAGGUCAAAAUUGUGGCCGAAAAGUCCGGUGGUAAGGAGGUGGGAAUUGUGAGGCAUCAUAAGGAAGAUUAUUUUGGAGAAUCAGCUCUCAUCAGCAACAAACCUAGAACAACUUCGGCUUAUGCAGAAGGAGAAGUCAAAUGCGUGGUUAUGGAUGUGCAGGCACUAGAGAGACUUCUUGGGCCGUGUAUGGACAUUUUGAAGAGAGAUAUGUCACAUUUCGAGGAGUUAAUAAAACUGCUUGGUACCAAAAUUGACACAAAAGUCUGA